AUGAGCGAUUCUGUUUCAUUAAUCAAUACAAAACAAGAUCUUAAAGGUUUAAAAAAUCCUAAACUUGUUGCUCAAGGACAACAACAACAACAACAACAAACAAAAUCGAAACUUUAUUCAUCGAAUAGUACAAAAAAUUAUUCAAUGGGUAGUGAAGCUCAACAAUCACUUCUUCAAUUAGGAUUUCGUGUAAAUGAUAAAUUGAUUGGUACUGGUUCCUAUGCUAAAGUCAAACGAUGUAUACGUGAGAUUGAUAAUAAAGAGUUUGCAGUGAAAAUAAUCGAUCGUGACAAAGCUCCUUCGGAUUUUGUUUCCAAAUUUUUACCACGUGAACUUGAUAUUAUUCGAACAUUAGAUCAUUCAAAUAUUGUCAAAGUAGCACAUAUUCUUGAAACAAAAUCUCUUACCUUAAUUGUUAUGGAAUAUGCAUCUAAUGGAGAUCUUCUUGAUUAUAUUAAUAAAACAACUCGUCUACAAGAAUUAGUAGCUAAACGUAUGUUUCGUGAAUUAUGUGAUGCAAUUUAUUAUAUUCAUUUUCGAAAUAUAUGUCAUCGAGAUUUAAAAUGUGAAAAUCUUUUACUCGAUAAUCAUUUACGAAUUAAAUUAGCCGAUUUUGGAUUCUCUCGUUAUUGUGUUGAUCCUUCUCCUAUAGAUAAUAGAAAGAAUACAAUUGAAAAAAAGAUUCUAAGUCGAACAUUUUGUGGUUCAGCUGCGUAUGCAGCACCAGAAAUUCUUCGUGGUCAAGAAUAUAAUCCAAAACUUUAUGAUAUUUGGUCAGCAGGAUGUGUACUAUACAUUAUGAUUUAUUCAAAAAUGCCUUUUGAUGAUUCCGAUAUUAAGAAAAUGAUUGAAGCACAAAUAACAAAAGGCGGUCUUCGUUUAAGUAAUGAAGGUUCAUCAGAAGUACAAGAUCUUAUUUUACGUAUGCUUCAACCUGAAGUAACACAACGAUGGCCUAUUGAACUUGUACAAAAACAUCCAUGGUUUGGUAAACAAAUAAAUACUGAAAAUCAAACAUCAUCAAUUUCCUAUCCAACGACAACAACAAAUCGAGAACAUGAACAGAGUGGUGUUCAUCAAAUACAAAAACGACAAGGUCCUCCUGUCUAUGUAUAA